CAAUGAUGUCGCUAAGCGCGAUAAUUCUACCUUAGUGACUAUACUUUCAUCCGAUCUGAUCAUUUUAAUUUCACUUAUUAUUUACGUUUGUGUAUAUGUAGAAAUAGAUUUAUGGAAGUGAACGGAUAUGAAUAGAUCUGAAAUUUCAAGCAAUAAAACGCAACUAUUUAUUGUUUUUUUAAGUAUAUUCUGUGAUACUAUUAUAAAAGGCGAAGUUUUGAAUAUUGAUGGACUUAAAACAGCAUCACGUAUUCGCUCUUGAAAAUAUUUCUUCUUUCAAGUAUAACUUUCUAAGGAACAAUAAGUUGUGUACAAUAUGUGAAAUAGCAUUGUAAAUUUUUCUUUAAACAGUUGAUAUUUGUCGAAAAAACUUAAUUGCAACGUAUCACCGCGUAAAAUAAUAAAAAUAACCUAACCGGUAAAAUGGCAUCGUUAUCAGCAUAUUGGGUGAAGUUUUUUAAAAGUGCAGGAUUUCCUCAAGAUGUAGCCACGAAACAUGCUGUUGUAUUCUCUAAUAACCGUAUCAAGCCAGACAUGUUGCCAGAUUUAGAUAAGCCUAGUCUCAAAGAAAUGGGAAUAACCUUGAUGGGCGAUAUGAUUGCUAUUUUAAGGUACGCAAAAAAAGUUGUCGAAGAAACAACAUGCGAAAGAUUUCUUGUUGAUACGGAAGAUUCUUCUGGAUCACCAAAACCAGUCGUUAAGAAAGUAAUUACUAAGGCACCUAUUAAAACAUUAGCUUCGAAGGUUAAAUCUAACGCAACAAUAGCGAAAAAAAUUGUCAAGGUGCCAGCAAAUUCGGUAAAGAAAGCUGUUAUUGUCAAGAAACCAAUAUCAAUGACGAGCGAAGCGAUUACACAGCUUGCUAAUAAAAAAAAACAUACUGUUCUUAAAAGAAAAUUGGAAGACGAAGAUGAAUCUGAUAGUAAUAAUGAAGACGAAUGGAAUGGAACAGUUAAAAAGAUAAAAUCGCCUGACUAUAAAGACGAUAAAGUAGGUUACACUAUAAUACUUCCAAAAGGAUCAACGACUAGAAGUCAACAGAUUCUUAAAAAGUCAGCGGAACAAAAGCGAACUGUAUUCGAUAGGCUGGGCGACAGUUCAGUAACUAGUACAACAAAUGUAGCUGAAACGUCAUCUACCUUUAACAUUACUGGACUAGGAAAAGAUGUUUUUAAAAGAUCACCAAGCGUCUUUAAUCGGUUAGGAGAUAAAGAUGCCAAGAAAGAUAGUACCAUUCAAAUAGGUAUACUUAAAAAUGGAUCAAAUAAUACAGGAAUAUUGAAAACUAAAAGUCCUAGCACAAGAACGUCGAUUAUUACUACAAAUAAAGUAGUACCAAAAAGUGUGGGUACAAUGCGAGCUGAUCAAGAAGCAAGUAGAAAAAUUAUGUCGCAUAAUAUUUCACAAAUAGUAAAAACGACCAAAAAGAUUUCUUUCAACAAUACAUUUUCGAGUAAUGCGAAAAUAAUGAAACCCAAUGUAACAUCAGGAAAAUUAGCCUCGGAAAGACUAACUUCUAUACCAGCUAAGGCGCGUUUGGGAAUAGUUAAAGCAAGUACUGCUAAACAAGUAACGUUUGAUAGAUUUACAACAGUAGCAGCUAUAAAAAAACCAGAUGUUUUUAGCCGCCUUGGAAUUUGAGUGAACAUUUAUGUUAGGAGUUCGUUUUUUAAGAUAAUAAGUAUGUUUGUGAUGAAGACUUCUUUGUACAAAGUUAAAUAGUUUCCUACUACAUGUAAAAUGUAAAACUACAAAAAGCAAUCAUUAUUAAAUUGUGUUAAUUAAAAACUAAAAUUAUGUAUAAAAAUCUCUUAAAAAUUUUUAUUUAUUUUUGAUUGUAAAUUGACUAAAUACUUAUUUCAGUUUCCAGAAAUAUCUUAAUAUAUAAUUAGAAUACAAAUUACAUUAACUUUUUAUUUUUUUUUAAGUAUAUAAAAAGUGUAUUUUUAACACUACAAUUUCAUAUUGGAAUUAUUAAAUUUUUAAUAUAUUCUUUUAAGAAAAUAUCUGUACAAUGUAUGUAAUUAUUAAAUGAUACAAAAAGUU